AUGAUAAUGAAAAUAAAAACGUGUGAUUGUCAUCUGAUUGGAGCAUCUGGAAAAACAUGUAAUCAAAGCACGGGUCAGUGCCCUUGCAAAGAUGGUGUCACCGGUACCACCUGCAAUAGGUGCGCCAGAGGUUAUCAACAAAGCAGGUCCCAUAUUGCACCGUGUGUCAGUGAGUGGAAAAUUUUUUUUUUGAGUGUUCAAAAACACGUAUUAAUUCCACUAACAAAUUGUACGAAGUAUUCACGCGGAAAAAUUCAUUUUGAUAGAUUUUUUGGAGAAAUUCCACAAGUGAUUCAGACUCAGGGAAUCGCGGGUGAAGAUAAUGGAGAACAUGAUUAUGAUGAUGGGGAAGCCGACGAUCGGGGUUACGAUGGACGAGCUGCAAAAAGCCAUGCAGGGUCGGACAGCCAGACUAGUCUAAAGGUGAACCGAGAGAAGGAAGAAAAAGAAAGUCAAGCUCGGAGCCUGAGGAAGGAAUAA